AUGCAGGCAAACAAGGCACCUCAGAUAGCUUCACUCUAUGUGGGUGACCUUCAUCCUGAUGUUACUGAAGCCAUGCUGUAUGAGCUUUUCAAUCGCAUUGGCCCAGUAGCGUCCAUACGUGUUUGCCGGGACAAAAUCAAUCGAAAGUCGUUGGGCUAUGGCUAUGUGAAUUUUCACAACUUCAGUGAUGCAGAGACUGCUCUGGAUACCUUGAGUUACACAAAUAUUCAUGGCCGAAGCUGUCGCUUGAUGUGGAGCCAGCGAGAUACUGGAUCUAGAAAGACCAGCAACAGCAAUGUCUAUGUCGCAAACCUGGACAAGAACAUCGACAACAAGGCUCUUCAUGAUACCUUCAGUGUUUUCGGCGACAUUUGUUCCUGCAAGGUGGCGGCAGAUAGACUGGGAAAUUCAUAUGGCUAUGGCUUCGUGCACUUUGAAACCGCGGAGGCGGCUCAAGAUGCCAUCACCAAGCUAAACAAUAUGGAAGUCGGCGGAAAGCGUAUCCAGGUUUGUUUGUGCGAGAAUCGCAAGGAUGCCCAAAAUUCCAACGGGGCAUCUGACUUUACCAACCUCUAUGUGAAAUGCUUUCCAGAGCAUUGGACUGAGGAGACCUUGCGAGAAGAAUUCGGCACGUUUGGCUCAUUGACAGGGGUUGCAGUGAGAACAGACGGCCAAGGGCGCAGGUGUGCGUUUGUCAACUUUGAGCAUCAUCAGGAUGCGAAAGAAUGUGUGAAGGUGAUGCACAUGAAAGACAUGAGGAGUCCUGAUGAGCACUCCCAGGACGAAGAAGUAGGAACCGAUGGUCACCCAUUGACAAGACUCUAUGUGCAACGUGCCCAACCAAAGGCGGAGCGUGAACGCAUGCUGAAGAGCCAGUAUGCAUACGACGCAGCCAUAAAGAACAAAAAGUCAAUCAGCUUGUAUAUAAAGGGUCUACAGGAGAACGUCAGGGACGAGAGCUUGCGCUCGAUGUUUGAACCAUUCGGGCAAGUCCUCUCCGCAACAGCACCUGUAGAUUCCAACGGGAACUGCCGGGGCUUUGGCUUUGUAAACUAUGCCACUGUGGAGGAGGCUACUAAGGCUGUCUCCCAGAUGCACUUGAAGGUCAUCGACGGCAGGGCAAUCCACGUCGACUUAGCUGAGAGCAAGCAGGAUCGCGAGGCGCGACAAGCUCGAGCACACCAGCGCUUCGCGCCACCAAUGCGACCAAUGAUGGGCAUGGCAAAUCGGGGAAAGUUCCCCAUGGGCCCCACUAUGGGUCCAAUGGGUAUGAACAAACCUGGACCUUGCGGCAUGCCAAACUUUGCCAAUCCCGUAUCGUUUCCUGGGCGUCCGACCCGGCAGCUGCACUACAAAAUUUGUUUUGGUUUGUUGACCCAACUAUCCCGCCAUUUUUCAGCCUGCAAUCCUCAGGCAUACGGUAUAUAUAUAUAUGUAUAA